CGUAAUAAUUUUUCGACUGUGAAGAAAGAGUAAAUAAUAUAAUCAUCAUGAUGAACGAACACAGUGAAGUAUUGGAGAUUAAGGUCGAGCCGAGUUCAGACGAGGAACUGCAGAUACAGAAGCGUCGAGGUCUUAUCCAUCAAAUGACAAUGAGUAUUUUUGCGAAUAUCUCGAUAUUGGGACCUGCCAUGGGAUUCGGAUACAGCGCUGUCAUACUUCCAACAUUGAAAAGUGGCCGCAGUGAUCUGACGAUCGAUGAAGAUCAAGGGUCUUGGAUAGCUAGUGCCGCUGCUUUUGGAACUCCCAUUGGCUGCAUCUUAUGUAGUUUUAUAAUGCGAAGAGGCAGAAGAUUGAGUCUCUUGGUGACAUCAACAUUCUCCUUGAUUGGAUGGUUAUUGAUCUACAUGUCCACGGAUUACGAGAAACUAAUUGUUGGGAGAGUAAUUGGAGGAAUUGCAACAGGUCUAGCCUCAGUACCUGCUACAGUAUAUACCGCUGAAAUUGCUGAUUCCGAGUGGAGGAGUACUUUAGUCACGUGGAGUAGCAUGGCCAUUGCUGUUGGAAUUCUCCUGGUUUAUAUCUUCGGAUAUUUCGUGCAGGAAAACUGGCGGCUGAUUGCUCUCCUCUGCGGUCUUUUCCCAGCAGUAGCAAUAAUCGUAACGAUCCUGGCAGUUCCAGAGUCUCCAAUGUGGUUGAGAGACCGCGGUCGUCUGGACGAGGCCCGUGUGGUCAUGAAGAAAUUCCGUGGUGUGGCAAAGGAGCACCCAAUCACAGCCGAAGUUGAAGCUGAACUUCGCCACACGAGACACUACCAAAGCACCAAGAAGCAGUCACUGCUGAAGAACUUAACAAAACGCAGCUCUCUUUAUCCAUUCAUCAUAAUGCUAGCCUACUUCUUCUUCCAGCAAUUUUCAGGGAUUUUUGUUAUCGUUUAUUACGCUGUUGACAUAACCUCGGAGGCUGGUAUGAAGAUGGACAAAUUCAUUGGCGCCAUUCUCAUCGGCAUGACAAGACUCAUUGGAACUCUUCUGGUUGGUUACGUGUCGAAGAUUUGGGGAAAGCGGAAGCCGUCGAUAGCAUCUGGGGCUGGAAUAACAAUUUUCAUGGGAAUUCUUUCAAUCUAUCUCUACCUCCAGGAAAAGGGUUACGAAAUCAAUGAUCACGGAUUCAUACCAGCUGUCUGCAUUAUCAUGUACAUCUUCAUGAGCACCAUUGGCUUUCUUAGUCUACCCUUCGCUAUGAUUGGCGAAAUAUUCCCCGCCAAGGUCAAGGACGUUCUCUCUGGUCUGACAACCUGUGCUGCGUAUAUAUUUAGUUUCAUAACGGUUAAAACUUAUCCAAGUAUGUUACAUACCAUGGGUAAACACGGGGUUUUCUUCUUCUAUACCAUUAUUUCAUUCCUGGGGACUAUUUUUGUACUCAUGUUUCUGCCCGAGACCAAGGGCAAGACACUCCAUGACAUCGAUGUUCUCUUCUCCAAGAAGAGAAGGCAAGUCGUUGAGGUACAGAUUAUGGAGAAAGAGAAGAUAAUGCCCAUGAGGGAUAUGACCGCUGCGUAAAUUAUUCGGCAUUAUUUCAUUUCUUUUAUGAGUAUGAAGAAGUUAUUAUCAAAAUUUCCACAUCUCCAUUGGAUCUGGAGAUUUUUCACGACGAUUUACACAAGAGUUGAGUCAAAAGCAGGGGAUUAUUGACUGUCUUGGUGAGUAUCGUGUGGACAUUAUUUUUAGAAAAGACGAAGAAUAACAAUUAUUUCUCAUUCAACUCCAACGUCAAUCAAUAUAAUUACAGCAGUCGACGUCGCGAGGUAUGACCGAGAGAGUUUUUAACUGAUGAUUGUUUGAAAAUUAAACUGACACUUUACAUUUGAUUGUGAACUUUUCAUCUCUUAAUUUGGAGUUUCGUCUCAUGAUGCAAAUAUACUAUUGAGUGACAUUUGGAUUGAAAAAUAAUCCCCCGAAUACCACACGAGCUUCAAAAUUUAUCAAGUAUUCCCGUCAAGGUGUUACCCAUACUAUACUGAAGUCAGCAUAAGUUUUAACAUUGAUUUUAGGAGUGGGGGACAUGGUUACAGGUGGUAACUACGUGGAGUGGGGGUACCCAGAGAAGUAAAAACUUAUGCUGGCCUUAGUAUAAUCAAGUCGUUGAAUUUUGACUUGAUCAAGUCCGCCCCUUCGUUUGUUUGGUACGAACUUGUCGUGAAAUAUCCAAUCAUUUUGGAGCUUUUAUUGUAUCAAAAAUAAGAAGUUCUGGGAUAAAUGAACUAAUGAAGGCUUGAAAAGAAUAAAAAUUGACUUUAAUGUGUGCAAUGUUAAGGCCAAGAGUAAGUUAUCCCACUCGACAUCGGACCAAUUUUUUCAAUAUUUUCCAUUGUGUUCAUGUAUUGCCCUUGAUUCUUAAAGUAAGAAUAGUUUUUAACCUGAUUUAAAUUAGGCUUCAUGUUAUGUUGGAGCGUUCAAGGACUGAAUAAUGAUUUAGUGAGUAAAUACACAUUGAAAU